AUGAGUGAAGUUUUAGACGAUCCGUUCCAAAUGGACGAAGAACUACCUAAUUAUAAAGAAAAGGAUAACGUACAAGAGGAUAUAACUCCCAGAUAUGACGAUAACGAUAUAACGAAUGACCCAAGUAUAAUGAAUUCAGACAAGAUGUUUAUACGAUCAAAGCUAGACCAAUUUAAGAUAAACGAAGAAAGUAAUAAUAACACAGGAGACGACGAACCGUCGUAUGAAGAGGAUAUUGACGAUAAGUUUGACGGAACUUUUGAGCCGAAAGAGACCCAAGGAAACAGUGAUUUUACCGACCUGAUUACUGAAUUGACACCACCUGAAAACUUUGCACCAGUGAUUAACAAGAUAUACCGGUCCUCGUUCCCACAGCCGUGUAAUUUUCCAUUUGUAAAGAAGUUGAAAUUGAAAUCCAUUCUUUGUCUUAUACCCGAAGAUUAUCCAGAGGAGCAUGAACAGUUUUUGGAUAAGGAAAAUAUAAAACUCUUUCGACUCGGGAUGUCGGGGAAUAAGGAGCCAUUCGUAAAGAUAUCACAUACUCUUAUAACAGAGGCGAUAAAAAUAGUACUUAAUCCUGCCAACCAACCUAUUUUGAUUCAUUGUAACAGAGGAAAACAUCGGACGGGGUGUCUUGUAGGAGUAUUGCGCAGAUUACAAAAAUGGUCGCUUACAAUAAUCUUUGAUGAAUAUCGAAAAUUCGCUGCUCCUAAGGAAAGGCCAAUGGACCAGCAAUUUAUCGAACUCUAUAACGAGACUGAAUUAGAAGAGUAUGCCAAAGAAAAUGGACUUCUACCAAUCCCGUGGGAAUGA